CCGGCUCGGGGUCAGGACCGGUCCGGUUGACGUGUUAUUGCUUAGGACGGAAGGUUAUGCGAGAGGAGGCGAAGUUCAUUCUUCUGGAACUCAACAGGGGCGUCCGGAAGUAGGAGCAGCGGCGGGGGAGUCUACAUCCCGUAGGGUCGUCGCUAGCGAGUGCUGAGGGGACUUGUGCCCCAGCCUCUCCGCCCGGGCUAUGGAGACGGGACCCGCCUCUACUGGGCCGUCGGCCUCAGCCACCGGGGCCCCUGAGCUGUUGGGUCCCUUGUCGGUGCUGUACGCUGCCCUCCUGGCCAAGCUGCUGGAGUUGGUUGCCACAUUGCCUGAGGAUAUUCGGCCUGGUCCUGAUUUUCAUGGAUUGCCCUGGGAGCCUAUAAUUAUUACAGCCUUACUGGGAAUUGGUUCAUUUGCCAUUUUCUUCUGGAGAACUUUUCUUUCAGUAAAGAGCAGAGUUUAUCAAGUGAAUGAAAAACAACUUGCUGAGAAGAUUAAAACCCUCUUACAAGAAAAAACAGAAAUUUUAGAAAAGAUGUCAGAAUAUGAUCAUAAGAUCAGAAAAGCAAAGGAGUCAGUAAAGGAAACCAAGAAACAAAAUAUUAAUCUUUCUGAUGAAGCUGCUGGCCUUAAGGAUACAAUCAAAGGACUUGAAGAAACAAAUCAAAAACUGGAUGACAAAGUGAAAAAUCUUCAUUCAUUAUUGGAAACUGAGAAAGAACAGAAUGUAAAGAAACAGGACAUGAUAUUAGAAACUCAGAAAUCAAUAGAAAAAUUACAAGAAGUUAUCACAAUGCAUUCUGUUGAACUUUCAGAGGUACAGAUAGCCCUUAAUGAAGCUAAGCUCAGUGAAGAAAAAGUGAAGUCUGAAUUACAUCAUGUACAAGAAGAAAAUGCUCGACUCAAGAAGAGAAAGGAGCAGCUGCUACAGGAAGCAGAAGGUUGGAGUGAGCGACACACUGAACUCAGUGAGCAAAUUAGAUUAUAUCAGAAGACUCAGAAAGACACAGAAGAAGCCCUUGCUUACAAAGAAAACGAAAUAGAAGUUUUGACUAAUUGCAUUAUGCAGCUGAAACAACUUGAUCUUGAUUCUGAAUCUGAGGGCAAAAAUAAUGAAGAAGGAAAUGGAUGGGAUGACUUAGCCAAUGGAGAGCUGUCAGAUAAAAUCACCUCAGAUAACCGAAGUGAGAAGAUGAAGAUCCAGAUUAAACAGAUGAUGGAUGUCUCACGGGUUAAAACUACAUUAACAAUAGUUGAAGAAGAUAGAAAUCAUUUGCAGUCCAAACUAAGUGAUGAAAUAAAAGCUCGACAUGAGUUGGAAGAACAAAUAAAGAAGUUGGAACAUGAUUCCUCUUCCCUGCACUCAGCUAAAGCACAUUUAGAAAAUGAAUGUAAAACUCUGCAACAAAAAGUGGAGAUUCUUAAUGAACUCUACCAGCAAAAAGAGAUGGCUCUGCAAAAGAAGCUCACUCAGGAAGAGUAUGAAAGGCAAGAAAAAGAGCAGAAGCUGACUGCUGCAGAUGAGAAAGCCAGCUUGGUGGCAGAAGAAGUGAAAACUUACAAGCAAAGAAUUCAGGAGAUGGAAGAUGAAUUACAGAAAACAGAGAGGUCAUAUAAGAAUCAGAUUGCUAGUCAUGAGAAGAAGGCCCAUGACAACUGGCUCAUUGCUCGUGCUGCAGAAAGGGCUCUUGCAGAGGAGAAGAGGGAAGCAGCCAAUCUGAGACAAAAAUUAAUAGAAGUAAAUCAAAAGAUUGCAAUGCUCCAAAGACCUAUGAUUGUAAAGCCAACUCCUGGAAGACCUGAUCAUCAGAUUCCUCCUCGGAGAGGACCCCUGAGCCGAGAUGGCUCUUUUGGUCCAUCCCCUGUGAGUGGUGGUGCACCCUCCCCACCACUGAUGAUGGAACCACCAUUAAGAUCUAUCUCUGCUACUCUUAACCGAAGAGAUGUAUCUAGAAGUGAAUUUGGGUCUAUGGAUGGACCUCCUCUUGGUCCUGGUCCAAGAAGGUCAUCUGAAGUAUCUGGAAGAACAUCUGCCUCUGAUCUGGGUCCUGGUCCAGUCCCUUUGAUGAACAGUGGUCCAAGAAGCUCUUCUCCCUCAACAGUGUUGGAUGGCAUGCAAACCCUUCCCCCAGAGUCUGAAGGUUCCUGUGUUCCUACUGUUCAACCAUCAACUGAGGAGUCAGUGUCAGCUAACACUGGCCCCAAGGGUCAUCCACCAUUCCCAGGAAUGCCCCUCAUGUCACCAAUAGGACCUCCACCACCACCUCUUCGAUAUGGACCACCUCCUCCGCUAAGAGGAUCUUAUGGGCCUCGACCUCUUCCUCCUCCUCUUGUACCUGGUGGUCCUCCACCUCCAAGCUUUCGGGAAUACUUACAUGGCCUUCCACCAGGAAUAAGGGACCUACCUCCUGACCCCCGGGAAUACAUACGUGGACAUCCACCUUUUGGACCCCUAGGCCCUCCUGGCCCAAGGGAAUACCUUCCUCCUGGCCCAAGAUUACCACCUCCAGCCCAUGGUCCAAGGGACUAUCCACCACCACCCUUUUCAAGAGACUUGACACCUUCAGGUUCUAGAGACUAUGCCCCAUCUCUUCCUCAUCCACCUCAUGCCUCUCAAGGAAGCACACAGGACUAUGCACAGGCUCCAGAACAGAGCCCAUAACUUUAGCCUUCACCUUGAGAGAAUAGACUGUUGGGACACUUCAUACAGGUAAAAGAUUUCAUUGGCUUCAAAAUAAAUUUUACUUUCAUUUCAUGAUUAGGUUUGUAUGUAGGUUUGUUUACUUUGUAUUUUUUGCAGGAUUUUUCCCCCCCAUUCAACUGCUCCUGGCAUCAUUGUGCAUUUAUGAGCCAAACUAUUCAACCUCUCCAUGAUUUGAGAAGCAAAAACAUACUUUUUUUUUGCCAUGAAUGAGGACGUUUUAAGCUGUAACCUUUUGCAGCUCUUUAAAUGUGCAAUACAAAAAAAAUAUACCUGUGUUUUAGUUUCAUGUAGUUUAUGUAAUUGAUGAUUUCAAAUGUCAUAAAUGUAAUCAACAUUUCCUGUGGAAAUACUUUAUUAAAAAAGGUUAAGCGCUAUUCCCAUUGCCUCCUUUCCCCUGUUAUUUUGUUAAACUAUUGUUAGUGUAGACCAUUCUGCAACAUAUGUAACAGUUAUUACAGAGGGACUGUGUGGAUAAACUUCUUUUUAAAAAGGUCUGGUUUUGAAGACCAGGAGCAUCAAUAAUUAAUCCUAAAAAAUUUUACUAAUAAUCCCAGAGAUUAUUGCAUUAGUGCUGUAUGAACCAUCAUCUAAAAAUAAACUUCCUUUUGUAUUAUUUCCAAGUAAAAUCCAGUUGUUAAAAGAUUGAGAUUAACACUGGAAUAUAAUCUCAUUCAAUUCAAUAAUUUGUGCCCUUUUGGAAAUGUGAGGUUCUAGCAGUUAAAGAUUAUAGGUUCCAAAGGUAUACUUAUCCCCAUUUCAAAAACCUACCCAACUGUGUUGUAUUUACCCUGGUGCUUUCCCAUAUUAUCUACUUCAAAAAUGGUAACAGCCAUCAUUGAAGUAAAAGUUAGGCCUUAGUCAAUAAAUUAAGGAAAAUUUAACUAUUAAAGUCAUUAUUUAAGUUUUAUUUACGCUGACAAAAAGGCUUCAUCUUCUCUAGUAUAAUCACUAUGUUGCAAAAAACUUCAUCUGGAUGAGGCUAAAAUUUGAUUAUAAUUGAAGUUUUAAGGGGAAAACAAGAAUUCAUCCUCUUCCUGAACAUCCCUGAAUAAUCAAAAAGAACAGAACUAUGUAUUUAUUGCAAUUUGAAUGUUACUUGCACAGUAGUAAGAGUCUUAUAUAAAAGGUUUCAUAGAAGCAAUACUUAACAUGGUUAAGACAUUCAGGUAGACAAGGCCUCUUAUCCUUUGAAUUUAUUUGUAUUUCUUUUUAUAAAAUUGAAAAUAAAGACUUCAUUGCAAA